GUUAUCGAUGCAGGCUGCCAGUGCAGCAGUCUAUUGCAGCCUUUGGGUGACCUCCCUUCUCUGCAGCUGGUGGCUGUGGUUAUUUGGAGCACGUAUCGUGACUCCACCCGUGAAGGAGGCUGCGUACGGCGCAACGGAGCAAUUUGGCUGCCUGCAAAACCCUGCACAGCCGAGCUCUGGCGCCUGUUACGCGCCAAUGUAUGGCACGCUGAACGCAAGCGAUCGAUAAAAGCGCUCAAAUGUUGCUCAUAACCAAGCUGUGGCCGCUGCUGCUCGCCCCGGCCCUGGCAGCCGCCAGGAGCAGCCCUGAUUGUGGAGGCGCCGUCUCCAGUAUAGCCGACGCGUCUCUAACAAAGUGGAUCCAGGACACGGAGGCCAACGUGAGCACGGGCAGCUACCAUGUUGUUUUGGGUGGCGACCGCGCCGCGCACGCGAACGCUCUGAAAUGCGCCCUGCGGACCGCCGCGAAAGCAGCAGGAGCCCCACCAGCAGCCUUCUCUUCGAUAUUAACAAUCGACUGCGAGGGCGACGACUGCGCCGACGCGAGCUGGGAAUCCGUGGCGUCGUACCUCAAAAAAAGGAGAGGCAGGUACGGCGUCGUCGUCUUCCAAGAAAAUGCACCAUUGUGGCUCCUCAAGACGAGCGCGGCGUAUUUUUGGGGUUCCACAAGAUGCGGCCACGCGUCCAUGGACGAGGUUUUUGACUGCUCAAAAUUUGUUUGGGUGGUCUCGACAAAUUUGGCUUCUAGUGCAUUAGCGUCAGAAAGUGAAGCGGCGCUGGAUGGCUCGAAAUUAGAUAAGAGGGUGCAGGACGAAGCGCGGCGGAAGUGGCCGUCUCGCAUCGCCGGUUCACUCACACAGAAAGCCCAGAGGAGGGGCGUCUUCGUCCGAGGUGGCCUCGACGGGCCGGCGCCCUUCCUGCAACGCGUUUCUGCGUACUACAAGCAACAUAAAAAGAAGAGGGAUGCGUUGGAUCAUGUGGCCGGUCAAACGGAAGCGGUGGAUGCCGUGAGACGAGCUGUGGCCUUGGCCAAGGCUCGGACAUCACAAAAAGUCGUCCACGCGCCUCCGACGUCAUUUUACUUGUAUGGCGCCCCCGGGACGGGCAAGACGAGACUAGCGGAAGCCGCCGCCGAAGCGCUGGGCUAUCCGCUCCACAGACUGGCGAUGGAGUCCUAUGCCAGUGUCGAGGACGCGAACGCGUUGUUUGGAGCGCCACCAGGACUGCAGCAGGGCGUUUGUCUGGUGGAUUUGUUGGUGGACACGCCCCGAAGUGUCGUCGUCUUCGACGAGGUCGAAAAAGCACAUCCCUCACUCUUCAGAGAGAAAUUACAUUCAGCGUUGAGCUCGGGCACGAUGACGCAUAAAAGAGAUCAUACGAAAGUAGCGUCGCUGUCGGAAACGUUCUUCUUCUUCACGUCGAACUGCUUCGAGGAUGCCGUUGUACAAGCGUGGAACGACGGCGCGAAUGUGAGAGACGUUCUAUCUAUUGCUAUCAAUGAUGCUCCGCGGAUUCCUUGCUCGUCUACGCGCCAGAACCCCUUCGAGGACGCGUCGUUACGCUCAAGGUUGGGGAGAUCCAGGCAAUACCCGUUCGCGCCGCUCGAUCGUUCAAGUAUGGCCGUCGCCGUCGAUAGUGCGCUGGAGCGAGCAGCUUUGAGAUUUCAUGUGGAUGAUAUACUCGCGUGGUCGCCAGAACUCUCAAAUGACUACGCGUCCCGCUUUUGGGGAGACGCGCGCGCGGCGGCCCAGGCUUGCACCGACGACUUGGAGGCGGCGCUCCAUGCCGCGGGGCCGCGGCCGCGGAAGACGACGGGCGCCGUCUUCCACCUGAAGCCUGGUGCCGGUCCUUGGACGGCGGACGACGUGUCUGGUACCGAGGGUGGUGUCGGUUUAGCUUGGCUCUCUUCUGAUAAGAGUACCACAACUUCGACGGUGGCGACGAAGAAGGCUCCGGCCGUGCCACGUCUGGCUACGAAAGUCGCGACGCCCGAGAAACGGGCGGCCGUGCAGACGCAGCCCGAGACGCAACCGGAGACACAGCUAGAUGCGGCCUACGCGGCCUAUGCCGUGGCGGCCGUCGUCGCCGCCGUCGCUUUACGCAUGGUGUUGGUGGCGAUGUAUUCGGCCUUCUGGUACGUGGCCGCGUUUUCCGUUCUGGGAUUCGUCGCGGCGGCGGUCGUGCUCGGGCCCCUCGAGGCGCUGGCCGUGGCCGUGGCCGUGGCCAAAGUCACUGCGAAGGUCGCCAUGGGAGCGUGGCGGGGCCUGCGGCUGUUUCUGAGGGCCGGCGGCGUCGGGCCCGUUGUUGUUGCUUUGCUCGCUGGCGCCUAUUCGACGCGUGCUUUGUUUCAGCACCGGAGACGGCCUGUGCAGACGGCGGACAAGGGGACGAUGACGGAGCGCCGCAAGAACCGCUUCCGCGACGGGACGCCGUCGCCGCCGCCUUCUCGGGCGCGGUCGCAGUCGAGUCCUCCGCCUUCGCGUGUGGUGGAGGCGUAGUCUUUGUAAAGUUUUGUACCCUGG